UCUCUGACUUUAGUAGUGAGCAGUGACUGAUAACUUUUCUCUCUACACACCACCUGGCUCAGAUACUACAGGGAGACCACACGUGGGCCACCAUGCUGGGGCAGAGUGUGAAGCUGCAGGCAGUACCCAUCCAGAACCUCUCAGAGCUGGAACGAGCCCGUCUACAGGAGGUGGCUCUCUACCACCUGGAGGAGAGAGACCUGGACUUCAAGAUUAGCAUUCCAAAAGAAACACGCAAAAUAAGAAAAUCACUGAGAAGAAAGUUUGAUUCUUUUUCCAAGGAAAAGAAAGAGAGAGAAACAGCUCCCAAGGCAUUUGGGAUUCCGCUGUCUCUAGUUAUUGCAAAUGACCGAGCUUAUAAGCAGCGUCAGGAUGCUCUGAAGGAAAGUCGCAGAGACUGUCUGGAGCUGGAGGCCAGCGUCAUGCGCUUCCGAGCUGAGAAACACCAACAGAAUGGAAACCAACUCUUGGCCAGCACAGCUUCAUGCCCUGGAGCUGCAUCCUCAUCAGUGCUGGAGCUUAACAGCAAGCCACUCUCGCCAACCCUCCUGGAUAAAAGUUCCCGCAGCCAUAGACGGGGAGGCCUGUCAGUGGACUCUAUUUCAGACUUGGUGGAAAGUCAGUCAAGACUUCUAGAGGCAUUACAGCUCUCUCAUCCUAAUGAACUGGACAUGAAAAAGACACAAUCGGGUCGCACACAGGCCAAGCUGAGCCUAAAUCCCAUUUACAGACAGGUUCCCCGCGUCAUGGAGCGCUGCUGUCAACACAUUCACACAUAUGGGCUGCAGACAGUGGGGAUUUUCCGAGUUGGCAGCUCCAAAAAAAGAGUCCGCCAAUUGCGUGAGGACUUUGACAGUGGGACAGAUGUAGUUUUGGAUGAAGAGCACAGUGUUCAUGAUGUGGCUGCACUGUUAAAGGAGUUCCUGAGGGAUAUGCCUGACCCUCUGCUGCCCAGGGAACUGUACUCUGCCUUUCUGCAUGCUAACAAUUUAUCUGGCGUGGAUCAGUUGGCGUACUUGCAGCAGCUGCUGUACCUGUUGCCUCCGUGUCACUGUGACACUUUGUUUAAGUUGCUGAGUUUAUUACAUACAGUACAGGAACAUGCUCAUGACUCAGUCACCCCAGAUCAACAGGAGAUUUCAGGUAAUAAGAUGACAGCAGCCAACCUGGCUGUGAUCUUUGGGCCGAAUUUGCUGCAGAGGGAAAAGGGGACAGAUAAAGACUCUGUUGCUCUGGGAAUUGAGGACAGCGCAGUCGUUAUUAACGUCACCCUGUUGCUCAUCCAACACUAUAAACACCUUUUUACAGUUUCUGCAGAGCUCCAGCAGGAAGUGCUUAUGAGUCUCAUUCAGACCGAUCCAGAUGUUAUUGACUAUCUGCUGCGCAGAAAGCUUAGUGGCAGUGGUGUGAUGGUGGAGCCAGACUUGGGAGUACGCAGGGACACUCAGGCAUCUUUGGACUCUGUAGGUCAAUCAAGUGUUGACCUGACUCCCAUCGAGCCUGUUUCCUCUGUAUUUGAAGACUCUGCAGGUGGAAGCAGUCUGAGCAGCGAGCUCUUCUUUAACACACUACGCUUCAACGCUAACAAAAAAUGCUCUUCAGAAGCUCCGACCAAGUCCAUAACCAAGAUGCGACACUUCCACUCCCAUCACAAUCUGCUAAGUCUUGUCCAGCCCUCUACCCACCACCAACCUGAUGAGCAGGAGCGACAGGGUGGCACAGGGCUGUCAUGCCAAACGGAUUACAGCGAAGUGCAGCAGGAUGACACCUGCCAGCCACAGAGCUUAAAUGAAAGGAGUGCCGUGUGGGUGCGACAGAACUCAAACGCCUCCUCCAUCACUUCUGAUGACAUCAAGACGCCAAGCAACUUCUGGGACUUUUUCACUGGCAAGGUGUCCGGCUCAGAGACCGUAGUAUGACUGUAGAUGUCCAAGUGUAUUGUGCAUAGCACACUAGCAUAGCAGACAGUAUUUACCUGCUUUAUAGAGACAGUGAUACUCCUUAACACACACUUGCACUCUCUCACACACACACACUUGCAAGAGAAAGAACAUAUAUGUUUUUUUCUGCAGCUGAAUGAUAAAAAACUGCUUUAAAAAAAUAAAAUAAUGAAUAAUAAUAAUAAUAAAAA